UCUCUUUCCAAGUCGUGUCGCAGCAGCAGCUACACACCAAACCAAACCCAAAAUUCUGCUCGUGUCUGGACCUCUCAAUUCCGAGUUUUCUUUUAACGUUCGAGUGAUUUCCGACUGCUAAAGUUCAAUUUUUCGUCGUGUCGUUUUGUCAAUUGUCUCAAGUUUGGCGAAAUAAAAAUAGAAAAAAAUGACCGUGACUACCAUCGGCAUGAUGCGCCCUUGCUUCACCACUGGCUACCCGUUUCAAGGUCAGGGACGUGUUAAUCAGUUGGGCGGAGUCUUCAUCAACGGACGUCCAUUGCCCAACCACAUCCGAUUGAAAAUUGUCGAACUGGCGGCCGCUGGCGUCCGUCCCUGCGUCAUUUCCAGGCAAUUGCGCGUCUCUCACGGAUGCGUCUCCAAGAUCCUCAAUCGCUACCAGGAGACUGGAAGCAUCCGGGCCGGAGUGCUCGGCGGGACCCGACCCAAGCCCAGCCUCCACCCGGACAUCCAGCGCCGGGUCCAGGCCUACCGGAUGGAAAAUCCCGGCAUCUUUUCCUGGGAAGUUCGUGACAGGUUGAUUAAGGACGGAUUGUGCGACCGAUCGACAGCCCCUUCAGUCAGCGCUAUCUCGCGGUUGAUGAAAGGCAAAGACGAAGCCGCCGAGACCGUUAAGAUGGAAAAAGGAAGCCAUCAUGGAUCGAUGGGUGGAAUGGGGGGCCUGAAUGGCGUCAUUACCGGAGGCGGAAGCAUCGGCAGCAACACCAGCAGCAACGACAUGGACGCCGGAACGGGAUCCGACUGCGACUCGGAGCCUGGACUGUCGCUCAAGCAGAAGCAGCGCCGCCACCGGACUACCUUCACCGCCCAGCAGAUGGACGAGCUGGAAAAGGCCUUCGACCGCACCCAGUAUCCGGACGUUUACACCCGCGAGGAACUGGCCCAGCGCACCAAAUUGACGGAAGCCCGGAUCCAAGUUUGGUUCAGCAACCGACGCGCUAGAUUGCGCAAACAGGUCAGUCCUUCCGGCGGCAACGCUGGAUCUUACCAGCAGCAGCAACAACAGCCGAAUCAACAGCAACAACAACAGCAAAUCGUUUCAUCCGCCAAUUCUUCCGGAUUGACUUCGUCACCCACGCCGGUCAUCAGCACUCCGGCUUCCACCAUGGCGGCCUUGUCCAGCGUCUCAUCCAGCUCCAUCGGCUCAUUGCCAGUGGCGUCCAGCAGUUACCCGUCCGGCACUUACCCGUCGAUCCAUCAACAUCAAACCCUUCCGGUCACGGGAUCGGGACUGUCGGCCGCUUCGGCCAUGUUCCAGCACCACCACCACCAUCCAGCCGAAUUCGGUCCGGCUUCGGUUCACCAUUACGGAGCGACGGCCAGCAGCUUGUCGCCGGCCUCCUCAUCGGUGACUCUGCCGACGGAGAUGACGUCCAUCUCGCCCAGCUACCCGACCGACAGCCAUCACGUCCAGUACCAAAUGUACCAGCACCACCACCAGGCGACCCAGGAGAGCUGGAACAACCUCCAACAGCAGCAGCAGCAACACCAGCAGCAGCAACAGCAACAACAACAGCAGUUGCAGGUGGCGGCUCAACAACAGCAGCAACAACAGCAACAACAUUUGAAUCACUGCGCCGCUGCCGCCGCCGUGAGCAAUUACUCGUUCGACGGAAUCAAUUGCUCUUCCGCCGCUCACGCCGCUCACGCCGCCGUCGCCGGACACAUCCACCACGGCGUCCGGGCCGCCCCUUAUCACGCCACCUUCCCCUCCAUGUACGGGUGGUACUAAACAGACAAAAAAACAAUCAAUAUCAACAAUCAUCACAAAAUUCCAAUUGAAUCUAAAUUGACAUAUUAUUUUUGACUCUGUUUCACUCUCUCUCUAAAUUUAAAAUUUAAAUAUUUGGUCAGUUGGGUAAUAACAAACAAACAAAUUAUUUCUACCAUUUAUCAUACCACCCCUCUCCUCCUCUAAUUAUGUGUAACCUGUACAAAGAAUCAUUUCGGAUGAAAUAAUACAGUUGAACUGUUUUUUUCGGCA